UUCCACACUAGUCCAGCCAAGGAUCACCUCCACCACUGACCAAUAAAGUGUAGAUCUUAAAGCAGUGACGCUAUUCCCAAGGUAAUCCCUGAACGUGUUGGUGGGGUGAAGGGUUCCACAAGUAGAGGGGUUUAAGUUUGGCUUUUUUGACACAUUCACCCAACAGCUCCUGACGUCUGGUUACCCCUCUUGUUCUUGAUCCAUCUACCUACCCAACUUCAUCUAUCUCACCUUUCACAUCUACACGACAACUUCAACAAUUGACAAAUCAAUUAACCGUACGAAAACAAAAACGAAACAAACAAUCUCGCAAACAUGGUCCAAGUCGGCGAUUCCAUCCCCAGCAUCGAGCUCCAGGAGAAAGCACCUGGCAACAAUGUUGAUCUGAGCAAGGAGCUCGCCACGGGCUCUGGUAUCGUUAUUGGAGUGCCAGCUGCGUUCAGUAAGUUUUCCUUCGUCGGAUUUUAUUCUUCUAUAUCUAUUUUAUUCUGUUGGAAUGGCGUACUGUGCUUGAUAAUGUACAAUUUGCUAUUCGCGGUGUUGUAGAGAGAAGAUUAUCUACCCCUCAUUAGGACCGGUCCCAGCAUUGCUAACCACAACCUCUCAGGCCCAACCUGCUCCGACACCCACAUCCCCGGCUACAUCGUCUCCCCCAAACUCAAGGACGCGGGAAAAGUCUUCGUCAUCUCCGUCAACGAUCCCUUCGUGUACGUCCUAUUCCAUUCCCUCCCUUCCCCCCUCCCUUUCAAUCUCCUCCUCCCCCGCAAAAUCCCCCAACUAACACACCCACCCACCCCAGCAUGAACGCCUGGUCCAAAUCCCUCUCCACCCAAUUCGGCGAGUCCAGCAUCCGCUUCCUCGCCGACCCCGCCGGAGCCUUNACCCACCCACCCCAGCAUGAACGCCUGGUCCAAAUCCCUCUCCACCCAAUUCGGCGAGUCCAGCAUCCGCUUCCUCGCCGACCCCGCCGGAGCCUUCACCCGCGCCCUGGACCUCGAGUUCCCGGCCGCUGCCAUGCUGGGUACCAACCGCAGCAAGCGAUAUGCUAUGGUGGUGAAGGAUGGAAAGGUGGAGAAGAUUGAGGUGGAGGCUGUGCCUUCUGAUGCGAAGGUUUCUACUGCUGAGGCUAUCUUGGGUUAAGUGCUUCCUGGGGGAGAGUGCAAAAAGGAAAGGAGGAAGGAGGGAGUAGAUAGGAUGGGACGGAUAGUGGUUUGUGGGGAAUUGAUGCAUUGCAUUGUGAUUCGGUAUCUUGCCGCCUGUCUACCUUUC